GACAGCUGCGGCUGUACAUUUUAUUGGGAAGAGACUGCUAGUAUGGCUGCUGUUAAUUUGAGGGGCGUGAAAUGGAAAAACUAAUAGAGAGAACGUUACCGCAAAAUGAAGCGUCUUAUUUCGCCAGUGCACUAUGAAUCUCGAUUUGGCUCUGCCAUGCUUUUAUAAGGAAAUCAAACUAUCCGUGACAUUCCUAUUAUGAAAUGCUGCUUCCCUAAAUGUUUUGGUUUCUUUGUGUAAUACUGUCGCGUAAAAAAUGGUUUGAAACAUCUAGAUUUUAUAAAUGCAGCUUUUUAGAAAUAGUUUCAUGGUUAGAGUUUGGCGAGAGUGAUAGUCCCCGAAUUCUGCGAUAUAGGGGCGCGUUAAAACAAUGUUUUCGAGGGGACGAAAGCAGGGAAACGAUACGAUUGACGUUGCAAAUAAGAGCUGUUUUAUAUACUUCGACACGUUAGCAUGCGUUCGUACAUGCCUUUUAGUGAUAUUUGCCAUACUUACUUUGCUGUUGAUACUCCUGAAACUUAUAAAGUACCAUGUACUCAGACAUCCUCAAAUUCACCACUUUGCAAUAUUCUAUAUAUCAGCAGGAGAAAUCGUAUUAUGUGCUGCUGCAGCUGCUGCCAACCUUCUUGUCCCACAACUGGAAUUUGCCGCCUACUUUUUACGGUUGCUGCAGCUAGCUGCAGUCUGUCAUCUCCACUGGUCACUGUAUGCAAGGACUCCUGUGCUUGUGCAGAAUGUUGUCAAUCCAGUCCUUUGCCUAUACAUUCUUUACUGCACUACAGUUGCACUCAUGGGUAUGGUUGACAUAUCUGACACAUGGACACAAUGCAUGCGACCUUACUAUGUAAUGUUGUCAUCUGCGGACUUACUAAUGGUGCAACUAUUUGUUGGUGUAGCACUAUAUGUUACCAGACGUGCUGAUGGAAUAUCUUCUCUUGCCUCAUUCAAAGGCACACAAAAGCGAGAUUUAUGGAGUAUAAUUGUUGUGUAUGAAUUUUCUGCUCUGCUUACUGUUACCCACGAUGCUGUUAUGCGAUUUGUUGGUACCGAAGCUGAAGGCUGCAGUGCAUUGUUUGCUCACAGACAGAUAUUCUAUUCAAUGGUUGCAUCACUUUUAAUGCUUGUAAAAUUCCUGGUUCCUACAUGGACUUUAUUGUGUGUGUUUCAACCUGUGGAAGGAGAUACUCAUAACUCGGAGGUUGCCCUUGCAAGCCGUUAUAACACAGCGGACGGUACAUCAGAGCCUGGAUUUCAUCAGUAUCAGAGAAUGACAUCGCCACUGAGCCCACAUCUGCUACCAUUUGUAUCAGACUUUACAUCAUUAGGGAAUGGUGAACAACCACACACGGUAGUGGCUUCCCUUGGUCACAAGAAACUACCUCCAAAGGAUCGCAAGGCAUUGUCUACCAUAAGUGAGGAGUCGUAUCCUGCAUCUGCUCUUGAUAGUCCAUGUAGUCAGCGUGAUACUCUCAGCUGAAUUUGAGUAUAGCCAUUGUUGCAAAAGCUGAGAUGAUCUGAAAACCAAUUGUUCAGCUCUUCCUUGAGGAGACAUCUGGUCAAGUUUAAUUAUUUUUGGAAUAAGAGGAGCAGCAGCUGUAAGGAAAAACCCAAGCAUCAGCUGCAUUGCUGGGAGGCAUGGAAAUAAUGUGUGUUAUCACCAAAACAAACAGAAUUCUUCAUUUACAUACACAUGAUGUUGUUUUAGUGCUUUAUGCUGACAGCAACAAUAGGCCAGCAGUCUACCAACAAUCAGAGAAAGGAAUUGUACAAAUCUUUCCUUGUGCAUUGAGAUAACUUUGGUGUGAUCACAACCUGGUUCACUGAAUUAUUGUGAAGGAGCAAUGACAUGACUUAUGCAGAGAACUUAUUUUGAUACACUGUACUGUAAUAAUAUGCUGUUUGUUAUUAUCAUGCUGUGAUUUAUCAUAUGCAAAAAUUGUGAUAGUCAUUCUCAUGUAUUCAGGAUUUAAGUAAAUGCAAACAGUGAGGAGGUUGCCUGUAUGGAUUGAAAAUGCAAUUCAUUUGCCUUUAAUCUUUCUGCAUAUUUUUUUAACCAUUUCUUUUGAUACUCUUUGUAGGUUUGUGUGUCUUCCCUGUAUUCACCAGUGUACUCAAAAUUUUAUUUUUGCGUUUCGUUCUUUUUUAUUAAAUUCUGUUUUUUGUUAGUGGGACCACAGACGUGAAUUUAUUGAAUUACUUCAACAUUUUUCCUCUUAUGCUGCAUAUUUAGUAAGAUCUCUUCUUAGUUACACAACUAGCUUGGGUUUAAAAAGCCAUUUUAGAGUAUUUACCAAGAGUAAGCUGACAUACUCAUGAAAAUAGCAAACUCAUUAUGUGUUAAACUAUAAAAAAAUAGUGUAAUUUGUAAAAAUUACAAAUAACACAUUAUAUGAGUUCACUGCUUUGGGUAAACCUAAAACAUAACAUUUUAAUUAGAAACAACUUCUGUAACUAAGAAUAGGUCUUAAUAAAUAUGUAUCCAAUGUGCAGAAACGACAUCUUCAUUGUAUAACUCUAAAUACACAUGAAUGUUUUGUACUGACAAUUCCCAGCAUAAAUCUCAUUUAUGUCUGUUUUCGCUGAAAUUCAACUAUCCAGCCAUAUUAAUUGCUACUAACAUGAAAAUUGCUGCCAUUAAUCCCUGUUCAGUUAAUAUAUUACUACUUUGUGCAAGUUUGUCCCCCUCUGUGGAUUCAUUGGUCCUUUUCAUAAUGUGUUUUUCCUCCUCAAUGUUUAAACAUCAUUUUAGAUGUAUAUCUCCACGAUAGGUCUAAUGGAUGUCUCAGCAUUAUUUACCUUUCUUUUUCAUCCCAACUUCAUUUUUUGUAAUGCUUCACAUUUCUUUGAUGUUUCUCAGUUCUGUUUCAACUACUUCCCUUUGCCUUUUUCUUAGUAAUACAAUAAGUGUUCACAUUGUAACCUUUAUUGCUGCCACCUGUAUGAAUUUAACAUUGGGGAGCUUCUUAUAUCCAAUCCAGCUUCUGCUUGUAGCCAUUUAAUGAGGUGCUGUUUUGUAGCAGCAGAUUGCCAACAAAACACUGUUGAUACAAUAGCUUACAAUUUACACAGGAGACAUAUUUUUGGUGCAUUUGAGCAGUGCUGGUUAGUGUUGCUCCCAGUAGCCCAUCCUUCCUAUUCUUCUUCUCCCUCAUUAUUUUCUUAUUGCUGUUGCUCCUUGUGUUGCUUGGCCUAUACAUUCCACCUGUAUUUUCUACAUUUAAAGGAUGAUCAUAGUUUUUUUUUUUUUUUUCAUUGCUCACUGUUUCUGUUCUACUAUUUUGUCUCGUGAGGCUAAAAUUUGCUGUUGGUAAGCUCUUGUUAAGUGUGUUUAUAUAUGUCUAUGAUUCUCCUGAUAACUGACCUAUCAAAUAUAAACUUUUGAUUUGUGAUUUACAUAUUAGUUAGAUAUGCAUCAGGUCUUCUUCAUAUUUCUACUUAAGGCUGUCUUGCUCUUUUAUCACUGGUACCCCCAUUUGACUAUUACUUCACUUCCUCCUCGUUUUCCUCCAUAUCCAUAUUUACAUCACUUAGUUUUGAAAACAUUUUUGCACUGUUUCUGAUAUUGACAUUUGUGUGGACAGAAAUCAAUCUCUCUAUUCUGUUGAGGAUUGCAUGGGAAAUACCAGAUCUCCUAGACCAGUGUUAAAGUUUUCACAGUGUUAAGUUUGCUGACUCGAAGUUUUCAGGCAGACAUCUCACAUGAAUACUUCAGACUAAAAAGCACAUUUUUACUCCUUUGAGACACAUUUUGUUAGAGUUGACAGUCAGCAUUUGGUUAACACAUUAAACAGGGAAGUUUGAGAUAUGUAGACACAGAUAUUACAUCUUUACUAUUUCAGUAGAUUUUUGGUGUCAAGCAAUAGUACUGACAUUAUUAGUAAGUAUCUUCGCAAUUUUUAGUUCAUAAAUGCAAAGUGUCCCUCUUUCCCAUUAUUAAAGAUUGAUUGAAUAUAUUUUAUUUAUUUUCAAGUUCCACGGAUUCUUGACACAAGUGCAUUGCUAGGAUGUAAAAUGUGUCAGAUUGUUACAAUAAUAACCAUACGGAAAUGGUCACGAUACAAACUUCUCAUUCUCCAAAUAAAAAGUGGAAAAGAACAAAAAACAUUUUCUUUUUAAAGUUCUGGAAUUUUCAUACUCAUAUGCAUCCACAUUUACUACUAAAAUGAGUAUUUGUUUCAUCAGUUUUUACCUUUCAAUACUGAAAAGUUUAUUGACACUUUCAUGUAGAAGAGCCCAGUUUUGUGAAUUCUUGCAUUUAAUACAUAUAUUUUUGAUGAAAGUGUUCAAAUAUUUAGAAUUAUUUGCAGUUUUUUACUCAUUGAUAACUUUUUCACAAAAGUUUACAACACAGUGUACGCAAUCUAUUUCGUAAAAUACACAAAAUAUCUUUAUACUACUCUUAACUAUGAUCACUAAGAAAGGUAACUACCAAGCUACCCUAAAAUGACUCUAGUAUUUUUGCAAAUUCUUUAUGGCUAUUUAUGUGUUUAUUUGUCUUUCAUAAAUGAAAUAUGACAGAUAUUUUCCAUUUCAAGGUUAUAUGUUGACUUAAGUUUUUCCUAUGAUGUCCUUUAUUUCAUAAUAAUUGUAGGAUGCUUGUCUCUAAUCCACAUGUCUUAUUUUCUAAUAAUAUUCUCAUUUCUUUAGUGGUGCAUGCAUUUAUGCACAUUCCAUGGGCAACAACUUAUAUUAAAACAUCUGAAAAAGAAUUCUAAAGUCUAAUGCCGGAUGCCAGAAAUUACAUAUACAUACCAGUUCCUAGUAGUUUCUCUUUGCUACAUUUUAGCUUUCAGGACAUAUGAUUGAUUUUUCUUUCGGUGCCUUUACAAACACUUUUUGUUCAUGAAUUUGAGUGCUCUGCUACUGCAGUGUAAAUUGUCUUUCCUUUUUAUUAGUGUAAUGUGGAACUUUAUGUUUCCAUAUAAUAUAUUUUGUCAUUUCUUUUUGUCAUUCUUAUGCAAAAGAUUUGACAUGUUAGGUAUGCAUCUACAUACAGUGUUCAUGGGUUUGUUGUUGUGGUAUUAUCCUCCUCUUCUAAAAUGCUCAUGAUAGUGAUAGCCCAGCUGCAUAAUUACAUUUCCAUUGCAGGCAGCUCUUUCCUGUUAUGUUUGAAUUUUUUUAAUAUUCAAAGCAUUGUGUGUAAUUUAUUCUCUUUUCUUAAAUCACACUCAUAUUUUUGGUGUUACACUUAGGUGUGUGUAUGUUAUACACACUGAAAUAUCCAUUACUGUGUGGUGUAAUUUGUGCAAUCACUUCAUGAAAUGAGAUCUGUUUUUAGUGCCAAAACAUAUUUUUCAAAUACAGUGGUUAAUGGAAGUUUAGGAAAAUGGACAAGUUUCACUAACCUUAUAGCAUGUGCUUCUGAAGUCACUUCUCUUCCCCACAACGCAGCCAGGUUUUUGAGAACUUAGUUUUGCAAGCAUACAGUCAAAUGGCAGGUGUGUUAAUCUCGACACAAAUUUAUUAAAAGAUCUUCAGAUAUAGCCUACAAUUUGUUUGUGGUCCAUAUAAAUGAUGAUAAAUUGUGAAAUUGACUGCCAAUCUGUUACAACAGUCAUCAGUUAUCUACACCUGUUACACUUAAAAAAGAAAAUAUAAACUAAAUAAAAACAAAACUGAGAUUCAAUAGUCAAUGGGACACCAUUUUGAGACACCAAAGAUAUGGUAAAUUUUUAAAUAUUUAUAUAUUUGUGGAGUAAUUGUGUUGUGAAAUUUAAAAGUGAAUGUUAAACAAAUAAUGUAACAGACAGACAAAGUUUGGCUGUCUUGUUAUUGUGAUCAUGAAUUUGAAUAACUUCUUCACGAUGCUGUGUUUUAAUCA